GCGCUAAAAUACGAACAAAAAUUUACGAAAAAUAAAGAAAUACGAAAAGUAACAUUGAAUCGAUUGAAUAUUGCCGCAGCAAUAUUCCCGACGAUGAUUGCACCCGACAUAACGAUACACACAGCUGGCCCGAUACUAACAAAAAUAAUAAUAAUGACGAUUAAAAUUAAUACCUAAUAAUUAAGAAUAAUUAACAAUGCAUAGACGAAUUUUAGGGCACUGAUGACAACUGUAAAUAAUAAUAACAAUAAUAACAAUAAAUAAUAAUAGCAAUUAAUUAGUCGAAUGAAAGUCAUUACGUAUGUAUACCCAAUACCGAUGCGUAACGACGUUCUAGUUGCUUACAAUUAUGUAGGUAUAUGUAUGUACAUGAGUACGGAUAUAUUAUAUACAUAUAUAUAUUAUUAUAUGCGCGUCUGCGAACCGUCGGAAUAUUUAAUAAGUGAAAAAAAAAAAAAUAGAAGAAACAACAGUAUAUACAUAUGUAUGUAAUAUAGUAUAAGUAGAAUAAUUACAUGACAAUAUUUUUUUUGAAUCAAUUAUUAGAAUGAUUUUUUGUGUAUUUUUCAUGUAUGCUGAGUUAAUUUUUCGGAUCCAUAUUUUGUAGACAUGAAAACGCUGUAUGAUCGCAUUUCAUUUUAUCAUGAAUAACCGAUCUUAUUCACACCAAUCGCAAUGUAUGUAUAUGAUGUAUUAUCCGUUACGCACAACUAUACGCAAUUGAAUUUGUUACUUUGAAAAAAGAAAAAUAAAUGAACAAAUGAAUGAAUAAUAAAUUGGAAAACAAGAAAAAGAAAAUUGUAAAUUGUAGGUGUAUAUUAAAAAUAGAUAAUAUAUAUAUGAUAAUUAUCGCGAUGUUAUAUUUUUUGGUAACUAUCCGAUGAAGAUCUAUAUAAUUAUAUAUAGGUAGGUGAAGAAAAGACGGAAAGGUAUAUAGAAGGAACGGAUAGAAGGAGCGCACCAAAUUGAGCGAAGCUGAUUGAUUGGCCAGUGAAAUUGGUACGAUGCAGUUUUUUUUUUUUUUUUUUUUAAUUAACAUUUGUAGAUUUCGAAUCGAUGCAAUUAUCGGAAUGCUGCAUUUUACGAUAAUGAAGGCGAUCGAUCGAUUUGAUAAUCGCAAUUUACCGGCGUAGAAUGACAUUGCAUACAAUUUAGCAGGGGAGUUUCUUGUAUAAAUUGCGCGGAUGUUUCACGGUAAAAUUGUAGAGUAGUAUAUUCGAGCAGAGAUAUUAUAUCUAUGAUUUGGGUAUAAUGUAAUUUUCUGCAUAAAUUAUUUUUCUUUUACAAUUAUAAAAAUUAUCACAAUUUUCUUUACUUUUUUAAUUGAUUUUUUUUUUUUUCUAUCGAUUUUCGCACCGAAGGAAUGAACUCUGAAUAAGUAUCGGUUAACGAUGACGAAGAUCGUUUCGAUUUCCUUGGUGUAAAAAUGAAACGGUAAUCGAAAUUAAGAUGCAUUGCAAUUUACAACAAUGCAUAUUGAAAUGUAAGUAUCACAUAUAUAAUAAGUAAAAAUUAUAUAUAUAUACAUAUAAAUAUAUAUAUAUAUAUAUACAUACAAAUAUUGUAUUCAUAGAAAUGCGACGAUGGCUCAUUUAGAUAAGCUCGAAUAUGUGAGAUGGAUAUAAAAUGAUGAAUAAAAUAAUGAGGUGUGAAUUUGAAUCAAAGAGGCCUUGAUUCAACGACAUUUCUAUACUGUACUAGCAUACUACAUGUUGCAUAAUAUUGUAAUCUUGUGUUUAUAAUUUUAAUAAAAUAUUAACAAGUUAAAAAAAAAAAGAAAAAGAAAAUCGUGAUGCGUUGAAAUUUUACACCAAAAAUAAUAUGAAUUCUAGAGGCUGAUUUUACAUGGCUUGUGAUUUAUGUUCGUUUUGUGUCUGAUUUAUACACUGGAAAAGCUUGUUUUAUACGCGUAAUUUAGCAAGCAAUAUCAGUCGGUUUCCCUUAAUUGAGGUUUUCCCAACGGAUUCCCUUUUGUUUCUGAGUAUUUCUAUAUCCCGGCAGUCUACGGACACGUAGGAGUAAAUAAAGUUCAGGGUAAACUGAAACAUAUGACCCAUUAAAAUAUAUCCCAUAGGACUAGGUAUUAACUUUUGAAACACGGAUCAAAUUUCAAGGGCUGGAUCUACAGAUCCAUGAAUUUUCAUUUAUUCACUUUUCUUUUUCCAUCAUCAAUCACUCGACGGGUUCCAUGCGUACGUACGCGAUAAUAUUAUUUACUCCCUUUUGAAAAAAAUGUAAUUCAAUAAACCUAUUCGGGACUGACAAAUUGAUACAUAUCGUAUAUUUUCCUUCGUAUCGUUCCUCUCGAAUGUCGGAGUUGAAGAAAGAUGUACGUGAUGUUUUCACGCAGGAGAAAUUACCGCCGCCGAAAUCAUUGCGAGGCGAAGAGGACGCCGAGGUUACGUGGGAUAUGAUCCUACAGAGAUAUCCGAACGCUGCACCUCUCCUUUGUGAAAUGGAGACGGUGAUAGAGAGAGCCGAAGGCCUCCUGCAACAACUCAGAUCGCCCUAUACUCACGCGUUAGGGAGUUCGAGUUCCUUUCAGAUCGCCGACUCCGAGGACGAAUUAAUGGGGCCGUGUAACCUCGAGGAGUCUACCGAGGUCUCGAUGACCUCGGAACAGGGUUCCAACCUGACUUUGCCCCGAAAUUCGACGCCGGAAGUCCUCUCCGUGGCGAUCGGCUCGGAGAGGUCUUUGAGGAACGACGAAGGAAAUUCGAUGUCCGAGCAAGUUUUGUCCGUGGAAAAUAUUGAGCCCCAAGAGAUCCUUUCUGAAGAGAAGCCGAUAUCGGUUGGGGAACAAACUUGGUCCCCGGACGUCAGCUCCUCGUCAAUCUUAGUAACUAAUUCGAAGUCCUUCGAAGUAACAACAAGUCCUGUCGUUCUUCAGGGGAAAAUAUCCGGCGUAGAAAAAUCAUCCGAGAGUCCAACGCCGUCUAAGAAGUCGAUUGAAGGACGGGAGAUAGAAGAAUCCCCCAGUUUGGAGGCGUGGGGAAAGGUCGUCGGAGAGACAGUAAAGCGAGGAAAAUCUUUAAAAAGUCCUCUCAGGGUCAAGGGAUCAGUUUCUCAAAAACCGGCGAAUACCGAAGAGGAUAGCGAAAUGAGGAGGAGAAAGUCGUUGGCAAUGUUCAAACUGCGGAAGGUGAAAAACUGCGAAAUUCAGAUCUCACGAUUAGUCGGUUCGUUGUACGAUUAUCGAGUCGUUGUGACAAUUCUCACAGGUUCCGUUGUCGGGACACCGAGAGAAUCGAAAAUAAAACAACCCGUCCGGGUGAUCAGAAAAACGUGCAGGAAUAUCGCGGAGCCUGAAAAAAAUGAUCAAGUUUUCGCCGAGCCGAACGCGAGGAAAAACCGAGAAAAUUUAGACGACGAAGUUCGGGGUAACGGCGACGAAGGCGUCGCGACGCCGAGAAGCGUUCGCCGUUCACCGGUUGAAAUUCUUGAAGAGUAUUCAAGAAUUUGCAACGUUCCAGUGGAGUAUAAAAUACAAAAUUCUAACAACAGUUUUCACAAAAACGUGGUCGUCAAAUGCUGUCUCAGUGAAUUUGCCUCCGAGUCUUGCGCUCCGUCACGAAAAAUUGCACACAACGGAGCUGCCGCUUCAGUUCUUCGCUGUUUAAUGGGGCGACAAAUUGAUGGAGACAAUAUGCAGGGCUUAACACCAUUUACCAGAAAACAAAUAGAGGAAAUUAUGUGUCUGGGAACAGGUGGGCAGUUCGAAACCUCAAUAAGAAAAUUGUUCAAACUGUGUAUGGAGGAAAACGCCCCAGAACCAAUUUAUACACUUCAACAGUCCUCGGGAAUCAUGGGAAAUCGAUUUACGGCUAAAUGCGAAGCUCUGGGAUACGUUGAGUCGGGUUUGUUGUUAUUUUAUUGAUUCAUUCCGAUGGCGAGUUUCGUCAAGCCCUUCAAAGGGCCUGAUAGUAUUCGUAGGUUGCGUAUGAAUAUCGAUUUUCACCAUUUUUACCCUUCCUGCCCUUUUUUUUUUCCUCAUCCAUCGCAGCAAGCGCAGUUAGAGAAUGCGGUGCCAAGAGGCUCGCUGCCGAAGCGCUACUUCAGUGUUACGAAAAAAAUCGAAACGCUACAAAUUAAGCCACACGAUCGUAGAACGUAGUGAGGCUCUCUGACAGAAAAAUUUCUACCGAUGAAUUGAAUUUUUUUUUAUGCCGUUAUCAAAUUAUGUGAAAUAAAAUGUCGCAAAUAAAUCAAGUCUGGU